GUGGGCAAUCACAAAGGCUUUAUUCGAGCCAUCUCGGACAUGCCAGAUGCUUUGACACGAGGGCAAGGCCAGCUGGAGAAGUUGAUGCAGCGGUGUUUCAUCAGCGAUUUGGAAAUAUGGCCCAGAAUUCGCAAAGAUGUGCAGGACUGCCUUCGCGAUGAGGAAUGGCAGCAGGAUGUGCGGCAGAUCAGCCUUGAGCUGCCCCAAGAUGUCAAAGACAUCCAGGCCCACAUCCUGAACAUCGUGCAGAGCACUCUUGUCCAGCUGCAGAAGGACCCGAAUCUCGACCUGGGCCACUUGCAGGUGCGAGACUCUGUGUCUCCCGCUUUCGAGGCCGAGCUGCGCCAGGCCAUUUGA